UAUAAUUUUGAAGAGCUCUCAUCUCAUCACCACCAUCAAUAUCAUCCAUUGCAGAUCUUUUCAGCUUCACUCACUUCAGCAAAGUCCUUAUUUAGGGUUUUCCAGCUGAGUUUUUGAGAGCUGCAAAAGGAGAAAGCUUUGACAGAAAUUCUUGGUGGGUUAUGACGACGUCGUUUGGAGCUACGACCACUCCCGUGUUCAAUGACCCCAAGGGUCAGAUUGGGAGCUUUCAGGGUCUCAAGUCCGCUAACUCCUUCGCUUUGAGCUUUCCGACUAGACCGGUUCAUGUGUUUUCGGGUUCGAACCGUACGCUUAUCAGAGCCGUUUCUACGCCGGCAAAGCCAGAGACUGUAACCGAGCCUAAGCGUAGUAAAGUUGAAAUAUUCAAAGAACAAAGUAAUUUCAUAAGGUACCCUCUUAACGAGGAGAUAUUAACAGAUGCCCCAAAUAUCAACGAGGCUGCUACACAAUUGAUCAAGUUCCAUGGAAGCUAUCAACAGUAUAAUAGAGAUGAACGUGGCCAAAAGUCUUACUCAUUUAUGCUUCGUACGAAGAACCCUUGUGGGAAAGUUCCUAACCAACUUUACUUGACCAUGGAUGAUCUUGCUGAUCAGUUUGGAAUUGGGACACUAAGAUUAACAACCAGACAGACAUUUCAGCUACAUGGGGUUCUAAAGAAGGACCUCAAGACAGUAAUGAGUAGCAUUAUUAAAAACAUGGGCUCAACUCUGGGUGCCUGUGGUGAUCUCAAUAGGAAUGUACUUGCUCCAGCUGCCCCACUAGUUAGAAAAGAUUAUCUCUUUGCACAACAAACAGCGGAUAACAUCGCAGCCCUGUUAACUCCUCAGUCUGGUUUUUACUAUGAUGUGUGGGUGGAUGGUGAGCAAUUCAUGACGGUAGAACCUCCUGAAGUAACAAAGGCUCGCAAUGAUAAUUCUCAUGGAACAAAUUUCCCUGAUUCACCUGAACCUAUCUAUGGAACACAGUUCUUGCCCAGGAAAUUCAAAAUUGCAGUUACUGUGCCAACAGAUAACUCUGUGGAUCUUCUGACAAAUGACAUUGGUGUUGUUGUUGUCACUGAUGAUAAGGGGGAGCCACAAGGUUUCAAUUUAUAUGUUGGUGGUGGUAUGGGAAGAACUCACAGGGUGGAAACCACUUUUCCCCAACUGGCAGUACCUUUGGGAUAUGUCCCAAAAGAGGAUAUUUUGUAUGCAGUGAAAGCUAUUGUUGUUACACAGAGAGAAAAUGGCAGAAGAGAUGAUCGUAGAUACAGUAGGCUGAAGUAUUUAGUAAGCUCUUGGGGGAUUGAGAAGUUUAGAAGUGUUGUUGAGCAAUAUUAUGGAAGGAAAUUUGAGCCUAACCGUGAAUUACCUGAGUGGGAAUUUAAAAGCUACUUAGGAUGGCAUGAUCAGGGAGAUGGCAAUCUAUUUUGUGGACUCCAUGUUGAUAGUGGUCGUGUAGCAGGGAAGAUGAAGAAGGCACUGAGGGAGGUCAUUGAAAAAUAUGGUUUGAGCGUGCGGCUAACACCAAAUCAGAACAUCAUCUUGUGUGAUAUCCGAAAAUCAUGGAGGCGUCCCAUCACUACAAUACUUGCCCAAGCUGGUCUGCUGCAUCCUAGAUAUGUAGAUCCCCUUAAUGUAACUGCAAUGGCCUGCCCUGCAAUGCCACUUUGCCCAUUGGCAAUAACUGAAGCAGAGCGAGGAAUCCCUGACAUCCUUAAGCGGGUUCGAGCAGUUUUUGAGAAGGUUGGUCUGAGGUACAGUGAGUCCGUGGUCAUAAGGAUAACUGGUUGUCCUAAUGGUUGCGCCAGACCAUAUAUGGCAGAACUUGGAUUGGUUGGGGAUGGUCCCAAUAGCUACCAGUUGUGGCUUGGAGGAACACCCAAUCAAACCUCACUUGCAAGAACCUUCAUGAACAAGGUUAAGAUUCACGACCUUGAAAAAGUUUUGGAACCAUUGUUUUAUCACUGGAAACGCAAACGCCAUUCUAAAGAGUCAUUUGGAGCCUUUACAAAUCGCUUGGGAUUUGAAAAACUUCAAGAAUUGGUUGACAAAUGGGAAGGUCCAGUGGUGGCUUCAUCACGCCAUAACCUGAAGCUUUUUGCAGACAAGGAGACAUACGAAGCCAUAGAUAAACUGGCGAAAGUGCAGGAUAAGAGCGCGCAUCAGUUAGCUAUAGAAGUCAUUCGCGAUUUUGUUGCUUCCCAGUCAAAUGGGAAAAGUGAAUGAGUUCUUUGCAUUUAUGUUCUUGCUUAGCAAAACACAGCCGAGGCAAACUAGGAAUAAUAGCUGUUAUAUGUCUCUUUUUAAGUUGUUAUCCUUCAGUAACAGCUGGAAGGGAUAUACUCUCUGGAUUAGGUAUUAUCUUGUAUUGAGAUUGCAUUUUCAAGUCUUCGUUGGCCAGGAUUUGUAAAAUAACGUGGGUCUUGUUUUUUUGUAUCCCUUUGUAAGAGUAAUGAAUGUGAUCCUUCCUCAUC